AUGACAUGUCCGCCAAACAGUGACAACGGGUUUGGGCCUCGUAUCAACCCUGGCUGUCGUCCUUUCGAUUUCACUCUACUGUUUGAAGAUGGCUUCUUUGGGUUGCUCCCGGCAGCCCUGUUCCUGCUUCUGGUUCCCCAGCGACUGCAUUUCCUGCGCACUUCCCAGGUCAAACUGCUCUCAUUUCAACUGGCAAUCGUGAAAUUGACCCUGCUAGCUGCGCUGUUGGUGUUGCAUGUGCUCUACACGGCUCUGCGGGUGGAAGACCCCGAUCUCCGUACCAGCGUAGGACUGGCCUCUGGAAUUAUCAAUAUCAUCGCAACCGGCGCCGCGAUGGUGCUCUCCUUUCUGGAAGACCAGCGCUCAGUAAAACCAUCGGACCUGUUGGUAAUCUACUACUCUGCCGAAACUCUUCUCGUAUUACCACAACUCCGUUCGCUGUGGGAGAUUCCUACAGCCAGCGAGGCUUGCCGGGCAUUAUGGAUCGCAAUCUUUAUCCUUACCCUCGCAGUACUAAUUGCAGAGUCACUUCACAAGUUCCGACUUUUACGACCACUCUAUCAAAAGUCAACCGGAGAAGGGAUCUUCGGGUUCUGGGGUCAGAGCUUCUUCCUCUGGGUACUACCGGUUCUUCAAACGGGUUACUCAAAGUCGCUGGAUAUUGGGGAUAUUCCAGAGCUGGAUACUGAUCAACAAGCACAGUUCACCGAAGCAGAAGUAGAGACCGCUUGGAAGACCAGAUCGGGGAGAUAUCGAAUGCUUCGGUCUACAUUUUAUGCCUAUCGGUGGACCUUUGUGUCCGGAAUCGUACCACGGCUCUGCCUUGCUGCUUUCAGCUUCUGUCAGCCGUUUCUUAUCACCGCCACAGUUGACUACAUCGGAGAAUCCAAGAAGUUCGACAGCAAGAGACGGGGUCAGGCCAUUGUGGGCGCAUAUGUCCUAGUUUAUCUGGGCUGGGCUAUAUCUACUGCAGUAUAUUGGCGCCAAACGAACCGGUUCAAUACAAAGAUUCGCUCUGGUUUGAUAUCUAUGAUUUACACUCAGACCUCCCGUCUCAAAGCCAGCGACAUCAACGAUUCGGCAGCCAUCACUCUUAUGGGUACAGAUGUAGAAAGAAUUGUCCAGAGUCAGAAAACGAUCCAUGAAACAUGGGCAUCGAUCUUGGAAGUGGGAAUCGCAAUUUGGCUGCUGGAGAGGCAGCUCCUAGUUGCCUGUGUGGUCCCUGCCGUAAUAGCAAUAGCGAACGUGCCCACUGAUUUCACCCCCUUUGCUACCUUCGCCGUGUACACCAUUAUCGCGGUCGUCAGGCACAAUAAUACACUCCUCUCAAGCCAAGCGUUCACGUCUCUUUCGCUUAUAUCCCUUGUAACUAACCCACUCCUCACUUUCAUUCAGGCUGUGCCUUCUGUGCAACAGGCGAUGUCAUGCUACCAGCGCAUCGAAGAAUAUUGUCUCAAAGCUCCUGUAUCCUCUGCCGGUAGUUCAACCUCGCCCAUGCCUUCAACUGCACCUGAGGAAAGAGUAAUGGAGCUGAAGGCCUUCCCGCCAAGACCAAGAUCCGACAGUGACCCUGUGUCCUUCGAGCGAGCCAACAUUGCGUGGUCGAAGGAUGGCGAAAACCAACUCCAUGAUAUCAACCUCACAAUCAGACCCGGAGUGACCAUGCUUAUUGGACCUGUAGGCUCUGGAAAAUCCACAUUGCUCUCUAGUGUGUUUGGGGAAACGGUCACGAAAUCUGGUCAAAUCCGGGUGGCAUACUCCCAAUUGGCCUAUUGUUCGCAAGUGCCCUGGAUAAUCAAUGACACCGUUCGACAGAAUAUCAUUCUCGGGUCUGCAUUUGAUGCAAAGUGGUAUGAGUCCGCGAUCUUGGCAUGUGGUCUCAAGGAUGAUCUGGCGAACAUGCCGGGCGGGGACCUAUACCGUGCAGGCACCGAUGGUCUUUCUCUCAGUGGAGGCCAAAAGCAACGGAUUACACUAUGUCGCGCCAUAUAUUCGAGGCAGAAACUAGUGGUACUCGAUGACGUCUUCAGUGGGCUUGACUCGAACAACAUCAGUGUCAUUGCCACCCGUCUAUUUGGCCCGAAUGGAUACUUUCGUACAUCUGGGACGACGGUUCUUCUAGCUACUCAUACACAAUAUCUCAUUCAGUAUGCGGACCAGGUUGUUGUCCUCGAAGGAGGCAGAGUUGUGGACAAGGGGUCAUAUGAGAAUGUGAUGUUACUCCGCAAGCCCGAGAUAGCCGCCAGGUCUCUGAUGAGCACAGAAGAGAUUGCCGAGGAGGAAACUUCGAAAGUUCAAACCCAAACCGAUGGUGACUCAGACGAGGUAAACAGCAAGCCUUCUGAUUCAGAUUUGAAAAACCCACAGCGACGAGAUGGCACUUGGUCAGUAUACAAAUACUAUUACCAGUCCGCUGGCUUUAUAGCAUUCACGAUCUGCAUAGCUUGCAUGAUCGUGGAAGCGGUCAGCGGGAACUUUACAACUCUCUGGAUUCAGUGGUGGGUAGAGGCAAACGAAAAGAAGCCCAAUCAUGAUGUCGGCAUGUACAUUGGAGUAUAUGCCUUGCUCUUCGUCAUACAGUUCUUGGGGACUGUUAGUGGUCUGUGGCUAUUCAUCAUUACGGUCAUCAACAACACCGCAAUGAACCUCCACUCCGACCUUCUUUCUGCGACUUUGAGUGCACCAUUCAGCUUUUUCCAAGCCACCGAAAUUGGGACCUUGACGAAUCGGUUCAGUCAAGAUAUGGAGUUGAUCGACAUGACACUCCCUCUAGUUGCAUCGAUGUUCUUAGCAGGUCUUGCAGCCGGUAUAGUCAAGCUGGUGAUUCUUUGUGUCGUCAGCAAAUACCUGGCAGCAGUCAUUCCAGCACUCCUGAUCAGCCUAGUGAUCCUGCAGAGAUAUUACCUCCGUACUUCUCGGCAAGUCCGGCUGUUGGACCUCGAAGCCAAAGCUCCCCUGUACACCCACUUCACCGAAGCAGUCCAAGGCUCCACCACCCUCCGCGCCUUUGGGGCAGAAGCAUGGUUCCAUGAAAAGAUGUACCGGCUCCUAAACCACUCACAACGGCCGUUUUAUAUGCUUUUCUGCAUCCAGCAAUGGCUCACGCUCGUGAUGAGCUUGAUUGUAGCGGUUUUGGCGGUGAUCAUCGUCGCGAUGACCACCUCGCUGGCCGACCGAUAUAAUGCUGCCUCUGUCGGAGUGGCCCUUACGUUGAUUCUGACCUUCAACACCACCCUCUCGAGCACUCUCCGAAUGUGGACUAGUCUGGAAACGAGCAUCGGGGCUGUGUCACGUGUACAGCAGUUCGUUCGAGACACCCCGCGCGAGACAAAGCAGGGACUACUCCAGUCCGUGGCUUCUCCACGCUUCGAGCCACCGGACUGCACGAUCAGGUUCGAGGCCUUGACAGCAGGAUAUGGUGAAUCCACUCCACCCAUCCUGAGAAACAUCUCCCUUACAAUAUGUCCGGGCGAGAAAAUCGCCAUCUGUGGCGCAUCUGGGAGUGGGAAAAGCUCACUGAUUAUGUCUCUUCUUCGCAUGAACGAAAUCCAUUCGGGAACCAUCUCGAUGGGGGGCUGCGACAUCUCGACCCUCGAACGACAGGACAUUCAUUCCCUCAUUAGUGUGGUCCCACAAGAGCCGUUCCUGAUGCCAGGGACUGUUCGGUUUAACCUGGAUCCCUUCCGGAGUGCCUCGGAUGAGCACAUGGAAUCUGUGCUUCAAAAAGUGGGUCUCUGGGAUCGAAUAAAAGCAAAUGGGAGGUUGGAUAUGGACCUGUCCGAUGUCUCGACCUGGUCUGUGGGCGAAAGGCAACUGCUCGCCCUAGCCCGGGCCCUUGCCGUCCCACGACCGGUGCUCAUCCUGGACGAGGCCACGAGCAGUGUCGACCGGGAAACCGAAGCCGCCAUGCAAGAUAUUAUCGAGCAAGACUUUGCCCAGCAGACCGUGAUGGCUGUGGUUCACCGCCUGUCCUACAUUGACCGAUUUGACCGCGUGGUAUUCCUCAAGAACGGAGAGCUACUCGAAUGCGACACCCCUCAGGCUUUACUCGGUCGGGAUAGCGCAUUCCGACAACUCUACGAGGUCUUGGAAGGGCACUGA